ACAACAACCAAGAUCCCAGUGGUGGUCUGCUAAUAGGCGCUAAUAGGCGAAGCUAUAGCUGGUUCGUGUUAAUCCUUAGCAUCAGUGAGGUAUUGGCAGACUUCAUCCUGGUACUGUUUAGCUGCCACUUUUAUGUAACUUUGCAUCGGAGGGUGCACAGCUGUUUCCAAAUGGAGACAAUCGACGACGUAGUAAACAAUGACGAAAUCGAGAUGCAUGACGUGGUCCAGCACAGCGAGAUGCCGGGUAUUCAACCGCCUUGCUUGGUGCAGCCGCUUAUGCAGGUGAGGCCGAAUCCUCUCCCACGACCCUUCUCGGCUACUUACGGCUCGACCUUACUUAAAUCGACGCUCAUCGCUGAACCGACGCCCAGCGAUGAUCUGACGCCCAGCGAUGAACUGACGUCCAGCGAUGAACCGAUGCCCAUGGCUCGACCAUCUCGUAGAACUUCCGCUAUUAUAUCACGAAGCUGGCAAUACCCUCAUCCAUUGCACGAAAGAUUUCAACAACGUACCAGACGGCCGAUAAUGAGAAUGCCGACUAUCGGCGAAGAAGAGGAGCACCAUAUACACUUGUAUAAUGGUAUCGACGGUACAGCGGCAGAAGACUUUGUGCUGAUAUUGAUUGCACCCGGCCGACAGUGGGACAAUUAAUUUCCGAUAAUGAAAUGUAUUUAAAACAUUGUUAAACACUGUAUCAAUUUCUAUCAUGUUGCAAUUGUUCUCUAUUGUAUCUAUUGUUAUGUAUCAUAUCCCUUAAUUGAUUUUCAAAAUUCUUCUUUCAUUAACGUAUCUAAAUUUGGUUGAUCUAGUAUUAAAAGUAGAAAGUUUUUAUCAUUUCAAUUAUCAACGCUUUGAAAAUUUGUUAGACAAUUGUUGUUGUUACACAUAGAUACAUAGAAUAGAUAUAUAGAUACAUGUCGUGUUACUCGAUGUAUAGAUAUGAUUAUAUUUAAUAAGUAAGAUUUAAAAGUUAGUAAAUUUAUAUAUUUUUUCUGUUGUUUAUCAUGUAGCUCUGUGUAUUUGUUGUGAAAUAAAUUCCAAAUAUAAACUAUAA